AUGCAAAUAGAUGAAAGUCUAUUUCGAUACAAACAAGAAUAUCAUCGCGGUAGAAAACCAGAAAGAAAGAUAUGGGUAUUUGGUUUGGUAGAUGCGUUAUUUAUCUCAGAUAAAAUCUCAUUACAUAUCAUACUUAAAAUGGCCGCCUCCGCACUUUUAAUAAUAAUCAAACCAGUUUGUUUGCCUGGGUGUAUAAUACACUCAGAUAAAUGGCGUGGUUAUACACGCAUUAAUAACAGUAAUUUAGGAUUUUCACAUUUCAUUGUUAAUCAUAGUAAAACCUUUGUGAACCAUCAUACUGGUGAUCAUACACAGAACAUUGAAAGUUUAUGGAAUAAAUACAACUAUGUUCUAAAAAUAUACAAAGGUAUUGUGGCAUUAAGAUAA